CCUUCCCCCCCCCCCUCUCCCUCACACUUCCAAUCUGACCGCACAUAACUUGUCCAUUGGUUAUGACUAUCGGUCUCGGUCAUCGGUCUAACAACAGCGUCACAUUUUCCAUCGAAGGUCAGCCUGCAGCAAUGUCCCACCUUAUGCCCGAAUCGCUGCCGCAUUCAGCCCGACCAACUCCUCUCCCCAUAACUGCUGCUGCUGCUGCUGCUGCUGCCCACGACGAUCACGAGAGCUCAGACGCCUCCACCAUCCCUUCUCCCUCGACCACUGUAAGCUCAAGGAGCUUUUCCACCAAGGCUACCACCACCAACGAUUCGCAGAGGAAGGCCAUGACUCGAAAAGCUUCCUCCCCUAUGGCCCCUGCCUUCAUGGUGUCUGCACCGGGCAAGGUCAUCGUGUACGGAGAGCAUGCCGUCGUCCAUGGGAAAGCUGCAAUGGCCGCCGCGAUUUCGCUCCGUUCAUACCUUCUGGUUACCACCCUCACCAAAUCACAGCGAACAAUCACCUUGAACUUCCGGGACACGGGCCUGAAUCAUACGUGGAAUAUCGACGAAUUGCCCUGGGAUCUGUUCCAGCACCCCUCGAAGAAGAAGUACUACUAUGAUCUAGUGACCUCCUUGGAUGACGAACUCUAUGAUGCCAUUAAACCCCACGUGGAGGACCUCUCUCCUGAUACACCGGAGGAAAUGCGCAAGAUUCACAAGCGGUCGGCCAGCGCUUUCCUUUACCUCUUCCUCUCUCUGGGCUCCCCGCAGAGCCCCGGAGCUAUUUACACCCUCCGGUCGACUAUCCCAAUUGGUGCGGGUCUCGGGAGCAGUGCCAGUGUUUGCGUGUGUAUGAGUGCUGCUUUGCUCCUCCAGAUCCGCACCCUCGCCGGCCCUCACCCCGACCAACCUGCCAACGAAGCCGAACUCCAAAUUGAGCGCAUUAACCGCUGGGCCUUUGUGGGAGAGAUGUGUAUUCAUGGAAACCCAAGCGGGGUAGAUAACACGGUAGCCGCAGGCGGCAAGGCCGUGAUUUUCCGACGAGAUGACUAUUCCAAGCCUCCCACGGUGGUCUCCCUCCCCACUUUCCCCGAAUUACCCCUGCUCCUGGUCGACACCCGUCAAGCACGCUCCACCGCGGUCGAGGUGGCCAAGGUGGGCAACUUGAAGGAUGAAUAUCCUCUGGUCACUGAAUCCAUUCUUGACGCGAUUGACAAGGUGACUCUAUCCGCAGAAGAGAUCAUCCGGGCUACAAGCUCCGAGGGCGUGUCCGAGAGUACUCUCAAGCAACUUGGCACACUGAUCUGCAUCAACCACGGCUUUCUCGUCUCGCUGGGUGUGUCGCAUCCUCGACUGGAGCGAAUUCGCGAGCUCGUGGACUAUGCCGAUAUUGGUUGGACAAAGCUGACUGGUGCCGGCGGGGGUGGUUGUGCCAUCACCUUACUCCGUCCCGACCUCAAAGAGGAGUCCCUUCGCGCACUCCAGACGCAGCUCCGGGACGAAAACUUUGGAAUUUACGAAACCACCCUUGGCGGCGACGGAAUUGGCGUGCUUUGGCCUGCUGUGCUGCGCAAUGGAAGUGACGAAGAGGGCGGCGAGGAAAUUGACCAGCAAAAGUUUGAAAACGCUGUUGGUACGGCCGGCAUUGAGCGUCUGGUCGGCGUGGGUGUGCAAGAGAAGCGAGAGGGAUGGAAGUUCUGGAAGCGAGCUGCAUCCUGAACUAGAGGUCCUCGACGUUUGCGCCGCUGUCUAGCGCCGUGUUCACUACUACUACUACUACUACUACUACUACUACUACUACUAUUUUCGACAUUUCUUGCUGUCUCAAAUCAGCAACUUCGCCCUUCCUUCCUUCUGACCUGUUUGAUGACCUGGAUCUCUCUACUGAAAAAAAGGGUGCAGUUUUGACCUUAUGGCAUUUAAUCAGCAUCUCAGCUUUGUUUCCUUUAUUUUUUUAUUUUUUUUUUUCUGUAUAAUAAUUUUUAUAGCCUAAUGAACGAUGGCAACGUGAAUGCAUGGGAGGUCUUUCGGUUACUCUUCAAUCAUAUCACUUUCUCUUCUACCGCCCAAAAAAGGGUCGUUAAGAAUCGUCUUGUUUUACGAUGGGCGAUGUUACAGGACGGAACAUAAUUCAUGCAUGAACCGAAUCAACCCACCGGUGCGUGGUAACUAUUGCCUAUUUUCAGCCUAAUUUUCCUACCC